ACCCACCCACAAUCCCUGACCGUCGAUCUGACGCAUCUGACGGGGUCCGCAACCGCACUGUUCCCGUUGGAUUCUCCUCUCUUCGAUUCCCCUGAUUCAGAGCUCCUCUCUCUCCUCCCCUCUUCCUCAAUCCGCCCCUGCCUCCUCCGCCUCGCCGUCGCCGAUCGGCCGCGCCACCGCACGCCGUCCGGAAUCCCCGUCCCUCUCUUCCCCACCUUCCUCGCAGCCGAUAGCCUCCGCCUCCGCCUCCGCGGUCUCUCCUCCGUCAUCGAUCCACCGCCGCGGUGCGCGCCGGGGACCCCCCGCCGCCGAUCUUGGGUUCUGCUAGCAGUGAUUAAUAUGAUGUAGUGAAGUGUGGAAGGAGCCAUGCCAUCUAGUGACAAGCAACUACCAUUGUCGGUGAAAAAAGCAGCAACACGUGAGUCGCCAAACAAAGGUGCAAACAUCGUUAAUAUGUCUCAAGGCACUUCUCCGCCGCCAAAAGAUAAAGGUCCUACCACAGACCCUACAAAGGCUGUGGGCACCAAACGACUGCAAUGUGAUACUCCUUCAAGUCCUGGAUAUCAUAAUGUUUAUGUACGAAGGAAAGUAGAAUCUGAUCAAAGUAAAGUGAACUCUUCUCAGGAGUUGAAGGGUAAUGGAAGAGUCAAAACAAAAGAGCAGGAGGCGCAGCAAAAUGCGCAACAAGAUGAGGCCAAGAAGCCCCAAGUGGCGUCUCCUGUUGCUGAAUCUAUAGAACUAGUAUCUUCCAAAUCUCCCGAGAACCCAAAUGCGGAAAUUGUGCAGGAGAAAACUGAGCCACCAGUUGCUUCUGGUACUGGUAUUCAAGAUGAUGUCCAACAGUCAAGUAUUCAAUACUGGAACGAGAGAUUUAAUCGGUUACAGACAUAUUUGGAGAAUUGUGACCGGUCAACCCAGGAGGGUUAUUUGCGAAAGCUUAGGUCCCUUUCGGCAGCUGGGCGAAGCAUGCAUGCGAUUGAGCUGGAGAAAAGGGCUAUACACCUCCUAGUGGAGGAAGGUGCCAUAUCACUGCCAUUCUUGCUUUCUUACCGCAUUGAAAGGGAAAGAGCUGCAGCGAAUGAAGGCUUUGAAUGUUCUGGGGAAGGUCUCCCCGAAUGCUUCGACAAAGCAAACUCCAUUGCAGCGACAAUUCCAGAAAUGAGAUGUUCGUGAAAACUAGAGACCUAAAAUGCUCAAGUACAUUGCAGAAAAGGCAUGUUCGGCUUAGCUCCAGUUUGUUCAGGAGCCUCCUUUGCCAGCCAUGAAAUUUCUUUUCCUUUUAUUUCUUUCUCCUUUUGUAUCACCGGCUCACCCAUGUGAUGUGGGGUAUGUUGUAAUGUCAUGUAAUUGGUAAAUCGUACAGAUAAACCUGCCAUGCUUAGUGGCCAAACCUUACAAUUUCUGUUUAUUCCUCUGUCAUGUGAUGCUGAUUUAUGUGAAUCUCAAUGUGGUAUAGCUGGUUGUUUACAA